AUGGCGGGCGCGGCGGCGGGCCGGGCCGACUGGGAGGACCUGGUGCGCCGGAUGUUCCCGCCGGGGACCACCAUCCCGGAGGCGCCGCCCAACCUGGACUAUUCCAUCGCGCUGGAGUACGACGGGCCGGACGUCUCGUACGAGCUCCCGCGGAUCGACCCCGUCUGUCUCCCCGUCAUACCCACCGCCGAGCCGGUCUCGGGGCCGCUGGGGCUCGGCCUCGGCAGCAGCGGCGUCGUGCCCGUCAUCGGCCCCGCUGCGGCCCGUUGGAAUCGGUGCGAGAAGGGGAAGCUUCGCGCCGUCGGCCGGUUCUCAAGGGCGGCAGCGGCGCGGGAUGAGGAUGGCUGCUCCGAUGACGAUGAGGAGGAGGGCGGCUCCCGCCCGCCGGAGUUCCAGGACUGCUGCGCCGAGGGAAGGCGGCCUCCGUGGUCACCUUUGGGGAGCCGGAGGAUAGCAGUGCGAGAGCAACGACUUGACGCAAGGCGUCCGCCGAAAGCGAGACGUCGCGGUGACGAGGCCGGUGGUCGAGAGGGAGGGAGGAGGACCUGCUGCCACCGGUGCGGGAAGAGCAAGGAGUCGUGCAUCGCCUCACGACGCAAGCGGCCAUCUGCUGACCCUUUGCCGCUCCAGCGCCAUGGGGUCCAUGCCCGAGGGCCGCAAGAGAUGGCGGAUUUGCUUAGCUGCCAAUGGCCUCCUGGGAGUCUCAAGCCCGGAAGAUAUUGGUAUGAUAAGGAAUCAGGAUUGUGGGGAAAGGAAGGUGAAAAGCCAGACAGGAUUAUUAGCACUAACCUCAACUUUAACGGAAAGCUUCAGCCUGAUGCUAGUAACGGCAACGCUCAAGUUUUCAUUAAUGGACGGGAAAUUACAAAGAUUGAACUGAGAAUUCUAAAGAUUGCAAAAGUCCAAUGCCCCCGUGAUACUCACUUUUGGGUUUACCAUGAUGGCGGCUACGAGGAAGAAGGGCAAAACAACAUCAAAGGGAAAAUAUGGGAGUCACCUUUGACACGUUUUGCGUGCGCCUUGGUUUCACUACCGGUGCCUCCUACAAACUUUGAUGCGACAAAAGAUGAAGCCCCUUAUUCAUCAAGAACUGUACCUGACUACUUAGAUCAUAAAAGAAUACAAAAGCUUCUUAUUCUUGGAUCACCUGGAGCUGGAACAAGCACCAUAUUUAAGCAGGCUAAGUUGUUAUACGGCAAUAGAUUUACCGAGGAGGAACUUGAGAAUAUCAAAUUAAUGAUCCAAAGCAACAUGUUCAAGUACCUGGGGAUUCUGCUCGAGGGCCGUGAACGCUUUGAGGAAGAGGCUUUGGCUGUAUCAAAUCACCCAAGCUCAGAGGGCGAUGAUUCUCAGCAAGAUGAAAGUACAUCUUCAAGUUCUAAUUCUUGCAUCUACUCGAUAAAUGCAAAGCUGAAGAAGUUUUCUGAUUGGCUUCUGGACAUCAUUGCAAUGGGAGACCUAGAUGCAUUCUUUCCUGCAGCUACCCGUGAAUAUGCUCUAGUUGUUGAUGAGCUGUGGAAAGAUCCUGCCAUUCAAGCAACAUAUAAAAGAAAGGAUGAAUUGCAUUUUCUCCCAGAUGCUGCUGAGUAUUUCUUGAGCAGGGCUAUUGAAGUAUCAAGUAAUGAAUACGAACCGUCAGAGAAAGAUGUGAUAUACGCUGAAGGAGUAACACAAGGGAAUGGAUUGGCCUUCAUUGAUUUCACUUUGGAUGACCGGAGCCCUAUGUCAGAACCCUUCGGUGACAAUCAUGAUGCAUACUCUCAACCAGUAAACAAAUACCAGCUGAUUAGACUGAUUAGAGUAGGCAUGAAUGAGGGCUGCAAGUGGGUGGAAAUGUUUGAGGAUGUUAGCAUGGUGAUCUUCUCCGUAGCGCUCAGCGAUUAUGACGAGCUUGGAGCACCAGCGAGCGGCAGUAGUAGGACACUCAUGAAUAAGAUGAUUCAAAGCAGGGACUUGUUUGAGGCUACGAUCAGACAGCCGUGCUUCCGCGACAUGCCGUUCGUGCUGGUGCUGAACAAGUACGACCUGUUCGAGGAGAAGAUCGGUCGGUCGCCGCUGUCGUCGUUCGCUGGCGCAGCAGGCGUUCUACUACGUGGCCAUGAGGUUCAGGACCUGUACGCGGCGAGCACGGGGCGGAAGCUGUUCGUGUGGCAGGCGCGCGCCCGCGACCGCCCCACCGUCGACGAGGCCUUCCGCUACAUCCGGGAGGUGCUCCGGUGGGAGGAUGAGCGCGACGCCGCCGGCUACUGCCCCGAGGAGUCCUUCUACAGCACCACCGAGCUCAGCUCGUCCCGCCUCAUCGCCGCCGCAGAGUGA